UAUAUAUAUGCAACUUGUUUUCUUAACAUUUUCACAUUUGGCAAGAAGAAAGACCGCCCCCCCAACCAUCCCAAAUUAACUGUUUGUUUGUGUUCAGUUGCAGGUGGUUUUUGUUUUCCUUCUUUUUUGGGAUUUUCUUGGAUCCUGUUUUUUUUUUUUUCCUCUUAUUUUCUUGAGAAACUGAGAUCAUGGGAAGGGGUAGGGUUCAGCUUAAACGUAUAGAGAACAAAAUCAACCGUCAGGUUACUUUUUCCAAAAGGAGAGGUGGGCUGCUCAAGAAGGCGCAUGAGAUCUCUGUGCUGUGUGAUGCUGAGGUCGGUUUGAUUGUCUUCUCAAACAAGGGAAAGCUUUUUGAGUACUCCACAGAUUCUUGCAUGGAAAAGAUACUUGAACGCUAUGAGAGCUAUUCUUAUGCAGAGGGGAAGCUAGUCACUACUGAUUCUGAAUUUCAGGGGAAUUGGAACUUGGAGUUUUCUAGACUUAAGGCUAAGGUCGAGCUUUUGCAAAGAAACCAGGGACACUAUUUGGGAGAUGAUCUGGGAUCAUUAAGUCACAAGGAGCUACAAAAUUUAGAGCAACAGCUUGAUGCUUCUCUUAAACGCAUUCGAGCAAGAAAAACCCAACUCAUGCAUGAGAGAAUCUCGGAUCUUCAGAGAAAGGAGAAGGCAAUAAAGGAGCAGAAUACCGUCCUAGCAAAGAAGCUCAAAGAAAAGGAGGAAAUUGUGGCGCCACAGGCACAGUGGGAGCAGCAAAACCAUGGCCCUAAUGGAUCAUCAUCGUUCCUACUACCACAGCAACCUCCCUGUUCAAACAUAGGUGGCAGUACUGACUGGGAACAAGAGCCAGAGAUGCGGAGGAAUCAUGAGCUCGACCUCACUCUUGAACCAAUUUAUAAUUCAUGUCACCUUGGAUGCUUUGCCCUGUGAAUUGAUCAGGGAAGGAAGUAUUAAAGACACUGCUACUUCUAGCUGGGUAUAUAUAUUUAUAUGUUUGGUUUGUUUUUGAAUGUGGGGAAGUAAUUAAAUUCUGAAUCCUCUAAUUAUACCUAGCUGCCUAAUAUAUUGUCGACCUUGUUUUGAGACAAGAAACAUAUAUUUAAUAUGAGCUAGCUAGCUCAUGAAUGAAAUCAUUGCUCUGUUGUUGA